AUGUAUUCUUCGGCGGCAGCUGCCCUGGCGGCACUUGUCCUCCUCGUUGCUCCCACCACAGCACACUCAUGGGUUGAGGAGAUGGAUGUCAUCGACCCCAAGACAGGACUCUUCACAGGCACCCCAGGCUACUGUCGAAACAACACUAAGAGAACAGCCCCGAAUUUCAGCGACCCUCUUAUGGUACAUAUACUCCCGAGUUUAGGGCAACCCGCGAUCGAAGAGAGAGACACGAUUCCUGCACUGGACACAACUGGAGUUUACCCCAACGACACAAUGUGCAAGCGCACCCAGGACGCGCAGUACCAGGCUGAUGGCAGUCCACGCCUUCAAGCAGCUCCGGGUGACUUAGUCGCGUUGCGCUAUCAGGAGAACGGCCAUGUCACUCUCCCGCAAAAUCAGCCGGGUAAGCCUUUGAAUCGUGGUUUGGUCUACAUUUAUGGUACUACCCAACCAAAGUUUCCCGAGCGAUUCCUUGAUGUCUUUGGACAAUGGAACGCGGAAGGUAGUGGUGGUGAUCGGCGUGGCAAGCUUCUCGCGACUCAACCUUUUGAUGAUGGCUACUGCUAUCAAAUCAAUGGAGGUAACAUCUCAACCCAUCGUCAAGCGCAAUUUCCUCACACAGCAAACCAGCUCAUGGGCACGAAUCUAUGGUGCCAAAAUGAUAUUGCUCUUCCUACAGAUAUACCCACUGGGGUGCCCUAUGUGCUCUACUGGGUAUGGGAUUGGCCAACGUCUAUGUAUGGGGACCCAAAUCUGCCCAAAGGCAAGGCUGAGCUUUAUACCUCGUGUAUGGACGUCGAUAUAGUCGCCAAGCAGGGAAGUAAGAGACGCGUUAAAGCUCGACAAGCAUCGUCACCAGCUUCGUCAUCCGCUGCCGACCACCUGAACAGCGCGGCCAUUCCAGCAUACGUGAGCUCGCUCACCGCUUCCCCAGCGGCAGCGGGAGCAAGCCCAGCUGUAUCUGCCCAAGCUUCACCGGCACCUGCGGGAGCAAGCCCUGCUGUAUCUGCUGUAUCUGCUCAAGCUUCACCGGCAGACUACAACUCAACGACGAAUGCUGGAAUGGCUUCCUACAUCGAGAACGCAGUAUCCGCGGCAAUAGUCGCUGAAGCUCCAAAAGUUCCGCUGACAGUCACUGUGGAUAUUGUCGAAUCCACCAUCUCGCCAAUGACUGCCGGAGCUGCAGCGGCGACUCAGCCAGCCGCGGCUCCAGCAUCCGCUCCAGGCGCGUCGCCAGCUUAUGUAGCACCAGCAGCAAAUCAAGCCGCAUCCCCAGCCGCGGCUCCAGCAUCAACUCCGGCCGCGUCGCCGGCAUCUAUCUCCCCAGCAGCGACUCAGCCUGCAUCCCCAGCCCCUGCAUCGGCUCCACCAACCGCUACCAUUUCGACGCCAGCUCAAGCACCAGCAGCGGCGCCUUCAUCGAUGCCACCCAAAUCACUGGACAUAAACCCACCCAUACUAUCAGCCUCGCCUUCGACUCCCACAAGCGCCUCAACGCCAGGCUUCUCAGGUACCGCUACCCCUGUGGUUGCAUCUCCAGCAGUUGCAGCGACUUCGGUCGUGGCAGCCAAUAUCGCAUCUGGCGCAGCUACGAACUCGAGCAGCCCAGUCAUGGCGUCUGGAGCGUCUCAGAAUGGAACGACGGCUGCGAAGGGUCAGCGCGGAUGUACCGCGACGACUUGCAAGUCAAAGAGGCAAUCGAAGAUUUUCGGCAACAAGAGUGGUGGUCAGCGCCUCUGA